ACCAACCAGGCCCUGUACAUAGCAUCGGCCAUAACACAGGUUAUAGGAUUCUCAGUCCGGCCGUGCCGGCCAUCCAUCCGGAUCCUGAGAAGCCGUGCAAGUUUCCUGCUUCGCGGAGGAUUUCAGUCAUCCGCCUGCCGAGGGCCGAGUUUCUGCGGAGAGUGGCCAGUGGGCAGAUUUUCUCGGCCCUGAAUCGAUUUGCCUGCUACUCGCGGUAGGCGAAGGGAAGGAUUCAAAUCAACAUAACAUGGCCGCAGCCACCGCCGCCGCUUCCACCAUGUCGCUGCUCCCGAUCUCCCAGCUCAGGCAGCAGCACGGCGCGGGCGCCAUGAGGCGGCGGCCCUGGGUCGCGCGGCGGAGGCGAUACGUCGUUCCGACGGCGAGGCUGUUCGGGCCGGCGAUCUUCGAGGCGUCGAAGCUGAAGGUGCUGUUCCUGGGCGUGGACGACGAGGCCGGCAGCAAGCAGCACGGGCCGCUGCCGCGGACGUACACGCUGACGCACAGCGACGUGACGGCCAGGCUGACGCUCGCCGUCUCGCACACCAUCAACCGCGCGCAGCUGCAGGGCUGGUACAACCGCCUGCAGCGCGACGAGGUGGUGGCCGAGUGGAAGAAGGUGCGCGGCCGGAUGUCGCUGCACGUGCACUGCCACAUCUCCGGCGGCCACUUCCUGCUCGACCUCAUCGCGGGCCUCCGCUACGUCAUCUUCCGCAAGGAGCUCCCCGUGGUGCUCAAGGCGUUCGUGCACGGCGACGGCGACCUGUUCAGCCGGCACCCGGAGCUGGAGGAGGCCACGGUGUGGGUCUACUUCCACUCCAACCUGGCCCGCUUCAACCGCGUGGAGUGCUGGGGUCCGCUCCGCGACGCCGCCGCGCCCGCCGAGGACGACUCCGCCGCGCCGGCCGACUCCUCCAACUCCAAGGAUGGCCAGAUGAUGGCCAUGUGCGAGUGGCCGCACCGGUGUCCCCAGCAGUGCGACUGCUGCUUCCCGCCGCACAGCCUCAUCCCCUGGCCGAACGAGCACGACAUGGCCACCGCCGCCGCCGCCGAUGCCUCCGGCUCCGCCCAACAGCAGUAGCGAAACUGCACUUGUGCUGCUACGCAAUGUAAGCCGUCGUAGCUAGACUACUAGAACUAGCGUGUUGUUUGGUUGGGUACGUAGCUGCAACCGCGCGCGUGCAGUAGUGUGGCGCCAACACCACAACACCUGCAUCUGCAUGCCCGGCCCGCGCUGCCUAUUCUUUAAUUGGUAGCUUAGCUUAGCUCGUUCAGCUCCACUUCUACAAGCUCUUCGUCUUUGGAUCGGAAGUACUCCCUCCGUUUCUUCGUUUCUUUUUAGUUGUUGCUGGAUAGUUCAAUUUUGCACUAUCCAGCGACAACUAAAACAAAACGAAAGAAGUAGUAGCUUGGUCGAGGUCGGAGAUGAACAUGGUCUUGUACAUAUAGCUAGAACACUUGAUCUCUAGAUGGAAAACCUGCACGUACACACAUAUGUUGCAGGCAAAGUAUCAUCCGAAGUAUUCUUGAACUGGAAGUCCUAGAUUUGUGUAGUGGUGUACAAAAUUGGAUAUGGUUAAUUGUUUGUUCGACCGUA